CAGGCCCAGAGGACCCAGCUCAGUCUGGUCCUCCUACUUGCAAGUGCGGCGGCGGCCAUGCGCGGCUGCUCCAGGUCUUACGCGCAGCUCCUGAGCCAGCUGCAGAACCAGGCGAACAUGGAGGAGAACCCCAACUUGCUCCUGGAGCCCUAUAUCCACCUGCAAGACCUGGACACAGAUAUUCUAAGAAAUUCCUGCAUGGUGUACCCCUCGGUCUUUCCCAGCGAGGAUGCCCUGCGGGCACUGAGCAAGCCCGGCUUCCUGCACGCCGUCCAUGCCACGCUGGGCCGGCUCUGGAAUAGCCUGACUGCUCUACAGAAACAACUCUUGCAGGACCAGGACCUGCCGAGGCUUACUAUAACCAAGCACAACAUCCAAGGCAUGAGAAACAACAUCCAUUGCUUGGCCUGGUGGCUCGGCAGCCCUCUGGAGACAUCUGAGCCCACACAGGGGGGCUCGAGGGUCUCCCUGACUCCUACGCCAGCGCUCGAUGUCUUUUGGUCCAAGAUGAAGAGCUGCAGGCUCCUGUGGGGUUACCACCACUUCAUAGGCUUGGUGGGGAGGGUCUUCAGGGAGUGGGAAGACAACCCAAACCGCAGCCGGAGACACAGCCCUCUCAGGCUUGUCCUGCCCAAGGGGACUCGCAAGAUCCGACCCUCCAGAAGGGGCCAGAGGCCAGUGCGCAGGGCCCAGAGGCCCCGGUAG